UAACCGGAGAACAUGCAAACUCCACACAGAAAGGCCCUGGUUGGUUUUCUGGGAUUCGAACCCAGAACCUCAUGUCAGUUGUAUUUAUAGCAAAUUCCUCCCCUUUGACACAAAACUCAGCUCAAAAUGCAAAAAAAAGGGGGUCCCUGGAUAUCAUGGAUAAUGCAAUGAAUCGACUAAAGUGUGCAAAGAAAAAGUCAAACUUCACGACACAUUUGAAAGGCACGACUGGAGAAAACCCAGAUGUGUUUUCUAGCCACUGUCAAGCCCUUAAAAAAAUACUUAUCUUACGUGUGGCCAGAGUAAAACAUCCUGAAGUGAUUGACACAGGAAUCUUUGAUAAACAAAACGCCCCAGGAACACACCCAAUCAGGGAAAUUGACAGAUGAACACUUGGCACGCAACUAUUUUUGUGGCAGUGGCUCCUAAUUCCCUCCACGUCAGCUUUAUUUUGAAAAAGAACUCCACAGCAGAGUUGCUGUAGUGUAACAUGCAUGAAUCACAAGAGACGUUUGAGUCUUUUUCUGUUUUACAGUUAUUCUUUCACAACUGCUAUCACACUUUGCUCAACACUGAAUUCACUCCCAACACAGUCAGCACAACGGCAUUACACGUGUUUCUAGCCAACAAACUUUCUGUGAGUCAGACUGGAAUGGGUUACUUUCUGGUACAAACACAUGUGGAAAGAAAAAGAAAAAGAGAUAAUCUCCCCGUUGAAAUAUUGGUGCCGUAGAAUAGAAUAUGAAUUUUCCUCCUCAACGUUUUCUCCAUACCUCCACCAAACACAGGUGGAGGUCAAACGUUGUUGUUUUUUUUUAAACCACCAGCCACGUGAUCAGGCUGCAGGUGUUGUGGAUGGGAAGGGAGCUGAGUUUGUUUGUGUUAAAAGAAAAAGAGAAAAAAAGAUGCAUUGAUAGGUCAGUAGAAUUGAUUAACUUGGUGUAUAAACACUGUAAUAAUCAAUUUGAUACAAGCCUUUUUAUCCUCUAGUUAUUUAUAAUUUUUCUGCAGUAAACCAAGUAGCAUUUUCAUUUUUGAAAUGUUUGUUUUCGAAUGCUUUAUUGUGGGUUGAUUUUCCAAGCUGGGAUGAAUAGAUGAUGAAGAAGAAAAAAAUAAUGGUUUUACUGAGAAAAUGAGUUCAUUCGCUCUGGUAUUCAGUUAACUCAUUAUCCUACCAGCUUUACGAGUCCUGCGGCUUAUCACUGAAGCAUUGAGAGUGAACAUCUGAAAAAGAAAACAAAGAGCAGGGAUGAGCGUCUGCCACAGCGUCUCCUGAUGUGCGUGUGUGUGUGUGUGUGUGUGUGUGUGUGUGUGUGCGUGAGCCAGACCUGUCUGUAGUGCCUGGCGUCUGAGACGUGUAUGAGAUUUCACCGAUGGGUGUGUCUGCCUCGUCGGUCUGGUGGGAGCAAAUCUCUAAGAACUGUGACUGUAGUUGUUUUCAUUCACCACAGGAUUAUGAGACUUACAAAAUGAUCGGAUUCAUGCAAAGGCCACCGCAGCUCAAGUUCAACCGCAUCCACACAGGUGCACGGUUUGGUCCGCUCACGUGUACAGCGUCUGCUCUCCAUUGUGCCGGUGUCACGCCUUCCUUCUCCAGUAACUCAAAUCCAGCACCGCAGAGUGACUCCAGCAGACAGAUGAUGCUUCAGCUGAUCGAGUGGAAAAUACUGGAUUGGAAGGGCGUGUGUUUGUGGGUUUUUUUCCUGCUUUACAGAAGUCACACAUCACAGAUUGUCUUUGGACGCACGCAAUGGCCGGGCCACUUGCAGCAAGUCUAUACAGAGUGCAAACAGCUGGAGUGUUAACACUGCUCUGUUGCGUUUUGCCAAAGUCUGUGAAUUGUGCACAACGCCUCUUUCUCAAAUGACAAAUGUCCUGAUUUUUAUUUCCUCAAACUCCCGUCUGCAGCCUAAGGGGGAUGGCUAACUGAAAUAUUAGUUCCACCAAACGCCAGUCAUCCACUGGCUAAAAAGCCAGUGGCAUGGAAAAACACCAGGUUUUCAGCCUCACACAGUGAAGAACAAGCGUGUUCGUAGUUACACCAGAUACUUAGUAUUGGUCAAAAAAGGCUCUAAAGGAGUAUUGGAUUUCCAGCGUCAACACAUUGACCUGUUUUAUUGUUAUUGCAGGGCAAAAAAGGGCCUUUCCAGGUGAGUGACGAGCACAGUAAAGGGUUCAUGGACGUAGUGGUCCAUCGUUUCCUUUACGCACAUCCUCCCAGUGCAUCCUUCCCCCAAUCGAUCAGUGGACACCGUUAUGGAGCUCAGAUGUCAAGGCCAUGUCUUGGUAUAAAAGGGUGGACCGGCUCAGAAUGACCAGAUUUGAACCAGAAACACCACAACAUCCCUUCUCCUGUUGCACAUCUCAUCUUCUCUACACAGAUAUGUCAGUGAAAGUCAUUGUGGUGUUUGCACUGCUGGUCGCACCGCUGGUGUGCGGUGCGGCCUCCUCAUCCGAGUCCCCUGCAGCUGGGGAGGCCAAGGAGGCACGCAACGCACAGCACGACGCACUUCAGCAGCUCCUGGCCAAGAGGGAGAGAGCGAGCGACGCGGCUCACAGACGGGAGACGGCGCCUCGGACCCGCUCGGCUCAGACGGUGCGACGGGCACACCUCUCGGAGGACGAGCGAGAGAUUAUGACCAAGCAAAUAAUGCAAGCAAUUUCAGAGAUGAUGAACUCUGAGUGCAUGCCAGAUCGGGACUACCAGGGCUGGGUGGACUUUGGACGCCGGGACGCCGACUGAGACGCAACGGUGACAACCUCAGAGCUCACUCUGCUUUUUGUUCAGAUUAUAUAUAUAUAUAUAUAUAUAUAUAUAUGAAAUGUUUUGCUGUCCCUGCACCUUUGCAAAUAAACUAUUUGGCAG